AUGGUGACCGAGUCAGCAGCGAAGCGUGGACGUGAUGCUGUUGGUAGAGAGACGCAUGAAGAGAAGGAAGGAGAAGCACAAAAGAAGAAAAGUGGUGCUGCGACUACUGUGAGUAAACGUUGGACACCGGAGCAGGAUGAGGCAUUGAAAAAGGCGGUAGCAGAGCUUGGGCACCGGAACUGGAUGGCCGUGGCAGAGCGAGUUCCUGGACGUGAUAAUGCGCAGUGUUUGCAGCGCUGGAAUAAAGUAUUGAAGCCAGGAUUAGUAAAAGGUCCAUGGUCUGUUGAGGAAGAUGCAAGACUUAUGGAAAUGAUGCUUAAGGGUUAUGAUAAUUGGCGACAAGUGUCCAAUAGUAUUCCAGGACGAACUGCAAAACAAUGUCGUGAACGCUGGAGGAAUCGAUUGGAUCCGACGAUUAAUAAAGCGCCAUUUACGGAGGAAGAAGAUGCAGUGAUUCAACAAUCGUACGAGAAGUAUGGUAACCGCUGGACGCAAAUUGCUGAACUUCUGCCGGGUCGUACGGAAGAUGCAGUCAAACUUAGAUGGAAAGCGCUGAACCCCAACCAGAAGACAUAUACAAAGCUCGGUCGCCCACGACUUUUGAAUACGGACGACAUCCCGCCAGUUUCUACUUCUCCGGCCAGAUCGAUGAUGUCAUGUGAACAGCAAAUCAAAUUGGAGGUUUUGAAUCCGCUACUAUCGAUUAGCAAUGAGACUGGCACGAGCGAAGUUGAUUUGGAGCCGAUACUAAACCCUCUUGAAGAUGAGACGGACGAACGAAUGAGUUCCGAGGACGUGAUGAUUCUUAACGAGUUUUUGCGCGGCCACUCAAAUAACUCGCUUGAACAGGGUAGCUUCAAAAGUAUGCUUUCGGCCACAAGCUUGCGUGGUUUUGGCGGAGAAAUUGAUGCUGCAAUUUUGAGGUUGUCGUCGCAGUCGUCGCAGUCAUCAGCGCAGCUACAGUCCUUAUUGGACACAGAGGAGCCAACAUCAAAAUCUUCUCCGAGUCCGCAGGGACGUUCUUCGUCUAAACGAUUUUUGAACAAGAUGUUGAGUCUUGGAGAUACAAAGAGCGAGAGUCUCCGUUCAAUCACGACCAGCGUGGAGCCUGAUGAUUCAUGGAUAAACGAAGGGUUGACUCGCCAUCUUAGUAGUUUAUCUGUGCACGAUGAGGAAAUUUUCGAGCAGCAAUUGCUUGAUGGCAAUCAGAAAUUAGGUUCGAUGGACUCGUUUGAGCAGCAACUUGCAUCGCUUAAUGACGUGGGCUCGUUGAUGAGCUUUUCUUCGGAUUUGGACGAUGAAAGCAAGGCAGACAGUGUGGCGGCAGUUGCCGCGAAUGAUGCAGUGAACAAAGCAGGACCAUUAGAUGCUACAAGUGCGUCAAGUGGAUCGUAUGAAGAAUUGAGUUUGGAAAACGAGAUAUCGGUGCAUGGUUUGUCUAGUGAGGAAGCGGCAAGUACAGACACGAAAACCGUGACCGCACAAGAUUUCUACAGCCGCACAGUUCCACACGACCAGCUAUUGUCGGCACAGCGCUUUGAGAUCUAG